GACUUAAAAACCUUGUGUACAGAGAGGAUUGCGGAUAACUUUGCUGGGCUGAGCUAACAAAUAUUUGGGAGUGCCCUCUGGAAUGGCCUAGGAGGGCAGGGAUGGGGACUGGGACUAAGCCCGGUGCGGAGAAGGGCAUGGGAAGGACUGUGCACUGGCUGAGCUCGCCCCUUGCCAAGGUUCUUGUGGCCGGUCCUGCCGCUUAAGAGGUUGUCCUCGCCUGCCGGGGCGCAGGGACAGGUGUUUCUUCAGCUACUCAGUAAGUCACCAAACUGCUGUAUUUUGGAAUAUCCUGCCUUAACCCUUUGAAGAAAAUUUGCCAAUAGCCAAAAAUGGCUUGAGCUGGAAAACUGCUGCUUUAUCCAACAGGACCAGCUUCAUGCCCUGUCCCCUUCGGAUGCACCGUACACUAUGGUUCACAUCAAUGUGCUGAAGAAAUGUACGUGUGUUCUYGUGGUGCUGCUGGUCGCUCUGACUGUUUGCCUGUGGAGAGAGACGAGGAGGAGCUACUAUGUUCCCUUCAAGACUGACAGUGAUGAUUUGCAGGUUCCCAGGACUUUGGGCAAGUGGACCGUGGUUAAAUCACAGGGCUUUUUCCAUGAGGCAGCUUUGGUCAGUAACCAGAAUAAGGUGAAGGGCAUGGUCUCUGUGUCAAUGGAAAAGUCCAAGAAAGCAGCAGACUCUGUGAAGGUGUGGGAUAAGGACAGUUCAUCCAAGAACCUCAUCCCCAGGCUGCAGAAGGUCAGAAAGAACUACUUGUCCAUGAACAAGUACAACGUGACCUACAGUGGGAAGAGGAACGCUGUUAAGCUCAGCCCAGAGAAACUGCUCUGCGAGCUGCGUGACAGGGUGAAUGUGACGAUGAUCCAGGGAUCAGAUGAUCCAUUUAAUACCUCUAUAUGGCAGCAGUUCCUACCAAGGAGAAGCCUCAAUGAAACAGUGGGCCGCCUGGGACGCUGUGCUGUUGUGUCCUCAGCAGGAUCUCUGAAAUCAUCUCAUCUGGGACCAGAAAUAGACAGCCACGAYGCCGUCUUGCGGUUUAACGGGGCUCCUACCAAGGGAUUUCAAGAGGAUGUGGGGGAAAAGACAACAGUCCGUCUUGUUAACUCCCAGCUGGUGACCGUGGAGGAGCAGCAGUUCCUGAYGGACGCGCUCUACAACGCUGGGACCUUGAUCGUCUGGGACCCGGCGCCGUACCACGCGCCCGUUGGGGAGUGGUACAGAAAACCAGACUACAAAUUCUUUGAAAACUACAAGAAGUAUCGCAUGAAACAUCCAGAGCAGCCCUUUUACAUCCUGCAUCCAAAAAUGCAGUGGCAACUCUGGGAUAUUCUUCAGGAGAACUCCCUGGAGCACAUUCAGCCGAAUCCACCUUCCUCGGGAAUGCUUGGCAUUGUCAUCAUGAUGUCCCUCUGCGACCAAGUGCACGUGUAUGAAUUCCUCCCCUCCAAGCGGCAGACGGACAUCUGCCACUACUACCAGAAGUUCCACGACCGUGCCUGCACCAUGGGGGCCUACCACCCGCUGCUCUUCGAGAAAAACCUGGUGAAGCACAUCAACCAGGGCACGGACGAGGACAUCUACACCCACGGCAAAGUCACCUUGCCCGGCUUCCGAAAUGUACAUUGUUAACAAAUCACUCUGUGCUGUGGUUAGGCCUUUGGUUUUUUUUUUUCCUUUUUUAAGCACUUUUUAAAUCAGGGUUGUCGAAUUUAUUAGGUCUCAACACUGGUGAGUUUUGACAGCUCUUCCAUAUUGCAACACCUGCUCUUAAGACUUCUGUUGCAUGCAAUCCUUGGACUUUAGGCCCUGUAAGGCGUUGCGGUACGUCCGUUUGGGGGGUUGUGGGAGCCACUGCAGUAGGUUACUCCUGGAGGAGCCAGGCUCACGUGGCAGAUGGAUGUCACCAUCUCAACCAAGGAGGGUGAACACGAAACCCAGGAGACGCUUUCUAAGCAGCRGUCACCCCAUUCUGGAUCAAAUACUGAUGCAGGUCAGGCUGCUUCAAAGGGAUUAUGACAAAUGACAACCUGGUCCACUUAAGAACAAGAAAAAAAAAAAAAGCUUAAAAACUUGAUCCUGGAGGUGUUUGGAGCAGGGCCGACUUAUGGAAACACUGUCAAGGCUGGGUACUGAUAAGCUAAACUCUUAGUCCAAAAUACUUGAUUUUAUAAACAGGUAGAGCAACUGUGGCAACUUUCUUUCCAAUGUUAAGACCUUCUGGAAUCAUGCUGGUAGCUUUAGCAAGUGGAGGGGAAGGCAAUUCACAAACAGUGAUUCGUGUGAGAUAUUUUAAAACUUUUUACU